AUGUCUCCAAUCCAAGAUACCCGCAAGUUCACCUCCCAAUCCAAAACGCAAGCACAUGGCGAAGGUAAACUCACCACCACAGCCGAAACUAGUCUAAUCGAACACCUGAACAGAAAGAUUCUCCAGACCAUCGUCUACCUCGAGGACGAAUACAAGGGCAGUGUCCUUGUUCCAGCACAGAAUCCUAACCCAAAACAGGCGCGACGACUUUCUCUUCUCACGGUGAAAGACAGCAGCAGUGCUGAGUAUACUACGCAUAUCCUGUUCCCCUUGAGCACGCACCCGGUGCUGGAUCGCACACCAGAAGACUUCGUCGACACACUCGACCGGUCAAUCGAGAUACUAGGCGCGAAUUUCAUCGUCGAUGACUCAGAAGACGCAGUGUCGCAGCAACGGGCGUUUCUCAUGGAGAUUCGCGGUCUCUUUCGGGAUCGGUGGGAUGUGCUCGCUGCGGCGCAGAGACAUGUUGAUUUGUUGGAUCAGCUUGUUAGGGGUGGGUUUGUUGAGUUGGAGGAGGUACUUGGGGGUGGGAAGAUGGAGUAG